UAUUUAUUUGCUCUUUUAUAUUUUUUUUUUUACAAUUUAUAGUUAACAAGUUCGCCGCUAGAGUGCACAUGUAGGAUGAUAUUUUGAAUGAGAGUACCCAUCUAUCUAAUACUAUUUUUACAUUGUUUUUUUUCUAUUUUUCUAUUUAUAUCAUUUAUAAUUCACAAAUUCGCGUUGUUAAAGUAUAAAUUUAAGAUUUUUUGUUAAUGGAAGUACUCAUCUAUUCUAAUUGAAAUACUAUUUUUACAUUGCAUUGUUAUAUUUUUUCACAUAAUUUAUAAUUCGUAAGUUUCCCGCUAAAAUUCAAAUGUAGGGCACUUUGAAUAGGAAUAUCUUUAGGACGUGUUCGAGAUCGAUGAGUAAUAAUAACCCACCAAGCGAGUAAAAAACAAAUAUAUUAAUUAGAUCUACAACCGAAGACAAGGUGUAGUGAAAAAAAUUGCGAACGGAAUAGUCGAGGCGUGCGAUCACUCCAGCAAACGCGAUAGAGACAAGCACUUACAUUAGACUGACUAAUGAGGUAGAAGGGGAAAGGUCACGCUAUACUAGCGCCACCUUCCUCUAGUGUUUGUGCUGCCCUCUGAUGUUAUUAAUGAUCGAUUGCAGAGCUACCAAUGCUACCAUCGAUACUACAUUUUUAAUUCCGCCUUCAUUUGUGUUCUUUCCUGUUUGAGACGUUUAUCGUGAGGAGUGUACUUCGAGUUUAUUUUUUUCUAAUUUCGAAUAGUUCAUAAGUGUAUGAAUUAAAAUUUAAUUUUUUGUGAAUAUCGAUAAUUAAAACAAAGAAAAAUGUUGGUUCUCUUUGAAACUCCGGCGGGAUACGCGAUAUUUAAGUUACUGAAUAAAAAGGUGUUGGCGCGUCCUGAUGAUUUGUUUCGUGAAUUUGAAACACCUGAAGCAGCAAAUAAAAUUGUUAAAUUAAAACAUUUUGAAAAGUUUGAGAAUACUACAGAAGCUCUCGCUGCUACAACAUCAGCAAUAGACGGAAAAUUACCUAAAACUUUGAAAAAAGUUCUGAAGAAACAUUUUUCAGAUUGUCAAGAAGAAUUGGCAGUUGCUGAUGCCAAAUUAGGAGCUGCUAUAAAAGAAAAAUUACAAUUAUCAUGUGUAAAUAAUACAAAUGUACAAGAAUUAAUGAGAUGUAUUCGAAGUCAAGUCGAUGGUUUGUUAGCUGGUUUGCCCAAGAAAGAAAUGGCAGCAAUGGCUUUGGGUUUAGCUCAUAGUCUAUCGAGAUAUAAAUUGAAAUUUUCUCCAGAUAAAAUUGAUACCAUGAUAGUGCAGGCUGUUUCUUUAUUAGAUGAUUUAGAUAAGGAAUUAAAUAACUAUGUAAUGCGUUGCCGUGAGUGGUACAGUUGGCACUUUCCAGAACUUAAUAAGAUUGUAACAGAAAGUACUAUAUUCGUAAAAUGUAUUAGAAUAAUUGGAACUCGAGAAAAUACCGUAAAUGUAGAUCUGUCUGAUAUUUUACCUGAAGAUGUUGAAGAGAAAGUUAAAGAAGCUGCUGAGAUAUCAAUGGGAACUGAAAUUUCUAAAAAUGAUAUUAAACAUAUUCAAGAAUUAUGCGAUCUAAUAGUAGAUCUUUCACAGUAUAGAAAUGAUUUAUAUAACUAUCUUAAAACCAGAAUGAUGGCAAUGGCACCUAAUUUAACUACUUUAGUUGGAGAUCUAGUGGGUGCACGUUUAAUAUCUCGUGCAGGUACUCUUAUCAAUUUGGCUAAAGUACCAGCUUCGACUUUACAAAUUCUUGGCGCAGAAAAAGCACUUUUUAGAGCAUUAAAAACCAAAAAAGAUACUCCAAAAUAUGGUUUAAUUUAUCAUUCAGCUAUGAUAGGACAAUGUUCAAUUGCAAUGAAAGGAAAAAUGUCAAGAAUGCUUGCAGCUAAAGCAUCUUUAGCAGCAAGGAUUGAUGCUUUAGGAGAGACUGAAAGUUAUGAUUUUGGUAUUGAGCAUAAAGCUAAAUUGGAAGCUAGAUUGAAAAUAUUAGAAGAAAGAAAGUUGCACAGAAUUUCUGGAACUGGUAAAAGUAAAGCUAAAUUCCAAAAAUAUCAUUUUAAAAGUGAAACUAUACAAUAUCCAGCAGCUGCAGACACAACACUUAGUGGAAAAAGAAAACAUUCUGAAAUAGCUGAUGAAACACAAGAGAAAGGUGAAAAUAAUGAAGCUAGUAUGAUUGAAGAAGUUCCUAAAAAGAAAAUGAAACGAGACGUUGCUGAAGAAGGAUCAUCACGAGUAGAUAAUACAGUCGGAAAUGAAGGCGAGCAAGAAGUUUCAUCCAAGAAAAAGAACAAAAGGAAAAAGCAAGAAGCUACAACAGAUGAUGUUUCAGUAGUGACUGAACAGCAGGAUGGAAGUAGCGGUGGUGAACCUAAGAAGAAGAAGAAAAAGAAGAAGGACAAGCAGGCUGCUGAGACACAGGGGGAGGAGGAGGAGGAGGAGGAGACUUCAGCUUCUGUUCCAACAGAAACAGCUGAAGAUGUAACACCAGUUUUGUCUGAGAAGAAAAAGAAGAAGAAGAAGAAAGUACAAAAAACUGAAUAACUUUAAUUACAAGUUUUAGAAGUAUAUCAGAAUAUUAUUAUCAUCAUCAUCAUCAUCAUCAUCAUCAUCAUCGGUAGAGAUUAUGAUUCAAAAAUAAUCCAUAAAUCCACUGAGGACAGUUUAGAAGUCGUCUCAGUUUUUUUUUUUUUUUU